AUGGUAAAUCGGCGGAAAGUGGUUGCGGUCGGUGACUAUUGUGGUAAAACGUACAUUAUCCAAACAUUCGUCAAAGAUGAAUUGCCGGAACCACAAUUAACUUUCGUCAAUUUUGACGUGACCGAUGUGGAAAUAAACGGGACUGUGGUAGAACUACAUAUCUGGGAUACAUGCGAAAAAGAAAGAUUUGAAGCAUCGAGAAUUGUUGCGUAUAAGGGUGCAAACGCUUUCUUAAUAUUCUUCUCGAUUUAUGGCCAGCAAACUUUUGAGAACGUCAAGACGAAAUGGGUGCCGGAAGUGAGGAAACACGGACCUAAAAACGUUCCCAUUGUUCUAGUGGGGACUCAUUGCAAAGAAUUGACCCUAAGAAGUGAAAAGGGUGCUGUUAAAAAUGAAGACAUAGAAGUAAUGGUUCGAGAAGUGAACGCUGUUGCCUAUGUUGAGUGUUCCGCAGACAACAAAUAUAAUUUGGAAAAAGUGUUUGAGACUGUAGUUGCGGCUACGUUGGAAGAGUAG